AUGGCUCCAACACCUUCUGCUGAGUCGCCACCGAGCCCCCUUGCUGACUUCUUCUGGAUUGCCGGUGUCGAUGGGCCGGAGAUCUUGGACAUUUUCUCAAAACUAGGGGAGGAGUACCAUGCCAACCAUACUCAGUCAAUGCCGGUGACGGAUACAAUUCAGGAAGAUGCGGAUGCAGAGGAGGCUGCCCACCCGCGCUCUGGGCCCUCUCAACCGUCCUCGAAGCGGAAUUCUUACCAAUUGCUACCAAAACCAUCCGACGAGACGAGGUUGUCCUAUCGAUCGAUGGGAUCAGCGGAGACACCAAGCAAUCGGAGCAGCAUGACUAUCAAGGGCUCCCAGUCGCCGAAUGGACUGUCAUUUCUGAGCGACGGUGACUUUGAUAAAGCAUUGAUAAAGUUUGCUGCUGAGAGGGACUCCUUUUUGUCUGACCUGUCACUCAGUGCUGGUGCCGUGGUGUCCAAUAACCGGCCAAAACCACGAUCUAAGACACAGAAGAUUGUGGCAGAGGAGGUCAAUCCACUAAAGUCGAGCAUUGGUAGUGUUCGGAGACAUAUGUCCUUUAGAGACAUGAACAGCAUGAAAAGACAACCAUCUCUUGCACGUCAAGCUUCUAUUCGGACAUCUAGGCGGUUGAGUAAUUACAACUCAGUAAUCCCAGUACCUCAACCGCUCGAUGUAUCUCCUAACAUGCACCCACUGAAGCGGAAAUUCGAACCCGUCCUUCUCGACAGAUACCCGCCGAAAGGAGUUGUAGAUGAGACUAAACAGAGAGGGACUUUCCCUGAUUACGUUCCAAUGUUCGCAUUCCCUAACGAUAUCAAUAUCGUGUCCUCUGAUCAGAGACCUCGCUCCACUUGGCAUGGAUUCGCAAUGACAUCUGGAGAUGGAUCGAAGCUAUAUGGCGUCUGUGUGACGAUUUGGAUUCCCCUCCACCACAAAACUGCUGAGGAACUGGAAAAACGGUGUGAGGAAUGGAGGCGAGAUAACAUGACGGACGAGGAGCGGGAGUUAGCUGCCAGUCUCGGCGAAAGACUCGCCUUGGAACGAGCGAAGCUAUCCAGGCUACUUUCUCAACUACCUUCGGUCCCUUCAGGUUCCGCCUCUAGAGAUCAGCUUGAAGAUGAUAUAAGUUCGGUGGAGGAAAAGAUUGGACUUAUGGCUGACCUCCUCCGCCCAGUUCGACUGGGUGCUGCGACCAAAAUCGACGGUCUUACGGAUGGGGAUACAGGAUUUUGGAUUCCAAGGGCAUACGGGAUUUUAGGAAAGGAUGGAUCAAUGACCAGUUUCUGGAAAGAAUGGCUGCGGGCCGUUGUCGUUCCCAUGACUGACGGUGCUGUCCAACGGGUCCCUGCUAGCUCCCCUAGGGUAGGCAGAUGGCAGCCCUUAGAGCGCUAUGUUGUGAACCUCUGCACCGAAGCUUUUAGCCCGUUAUUUUCCAAAACUCAAGUUGAGAUAUCAGUGCGGGAGCUGCGCCUUUUUGCCCGAAAAGAAGCAAUCAAUGAAUUGCCUGGCUCUCGAAAUUACGUCCUUGCUGAAUCCCGUAUCAUUCUUCUAUCAUCUCAUGCAGCCAUGUUGUAUCUGGCUAGCAAAGCUCUGGUUGAUCUUCUAUUUCCAUUCCAAUGGACAGGCGUAUUUAUCCCUAUCCUUCCUGCUAGGCUUAUCCAAGCACUUGAGGCGCCUUGUCCGUAUAUUGUGGGGAUUGAGCGGAGGUAUGACAAGGCGGAGCUUCCUUCCGAUGACUUCGUUCUCGUAGACCUCGACCAAAAUGAGAUUGAAAGCACAGCACGACCUACGCCAUUACCUCGCCAUCAUCGCCGUAAACUACAGUCACUCCUUCAACUGGCUGCACCUCUCCAUCAUAGAUAUGGGGUCCAUCCUGGGGCCCCGGCCUAUGCAAUUGAAACCUAUCCAUUCGACUCCUUCCCUGGCGAAAACCAAUCGAUAUUUUCGCCCAGGGCGCCACCUACUCAGCUCUCCAAAUAUGUCAGCGUCAAUUCCACAGCGUUCGGCCAGGAUCCCUCCACCUCCCCAGCCCCACCAAUUUUUAAUGUCUUUCUAAACUCCCGGAAUGAUGUUGCCUUUUCUAGAGGUUAUGACCGCCCAACAACAGGCGUGACAUCGAAGGCUGGCACUCCGCCCUCCCCGAAAGCUUCAGGCGAUUCUUCUCCGACCUCGACAUGGUAUACCCAGGCGACCUAG